CCAAUGUCCAAACUGCUUCCAAAAUUGAGUUAACUUCGAGUUUUACUGUUUGUACAAUUUUGCAUAUGAGUUACAGAGGGCGAAGCUCCCUAUUAAGAGAAAAAAAGCGAGGAAACCUUAAGUGUGAAAAGCGUGCUUGAGGGCUGUGAUCCUGGUAUUGAAAACCUAAAGGAAAUGGUUGAAAUGAAAAUAUUAAACGUGCAAAACAUAACGAAAUCGAGUAGAAAAAUACAUGUUUCGUAUGAAAUGGCCAUCUGUAGUUUUUUUUUCAGGAAAAAUGACCAUUGCAAAACAGACAGGCUACAAAUUAGAAGUCAGUUUUACCUCUGCAGUAAUUUAUAUUAAAGACAAAAACAUCACAACAUUCUGGAAAUUACUGAAAGAAACCUAAAUAACAGAAGCCGAGUUGUUUGCCACAAAAGAUAUAUUAAUAACAACAACAUGAAAAACUUGGUGAUAUACACAGAUUCUAAAUCAGCAGUUCACUGUAUACAAAAUGCUAAUCUCAAGAACUACAAACACAUUAUAUUUGAGAUACAAUCAGUAAUUCAUAGCCUAACAGAAAACCCACAAAAAAACAAUAAUACAGUUGAUACCAGCACACAAAAACAUAAAAGGUAAUGAAAUAGCAGACUUUGUAGCAAAAACAGCUCAUAAUAUAAGUGAAACUAUUAAUAUAACCAAAGACAUUUCAAUUUUAAUAAAAUAAAUUAAGAAUAAAAAACCAAAAGAAUUGGGAAGAAUAUUUGAAUAAUGCCCUAAAUAUAAAGAAUUACUAUUUACAAAAUACCAGCCCUUAACGAUGUACAAGAUCAAAAAAUAGAAAAUCAGGCACAUGGAUUACAAGACUAUAAACCACACACAAGACUAAAACACCAUCUGCACAGAAUAAGAAUUGAAACUGACCCUUUUUGCAGAUGGUGCAAAAAUCAAGAAGAAACAGAGGAACACCUCCAUUGCCCAAGAUCUAAUUAAAACAGAGUGAUAUUGCUGGAAGCAUUAAAGAAAAUAAAAAUCAUUAAUCCAAAUCUAAAACUACUGAUUAUAGGAGAUCUGCCAGAUGAUCAGAAGUCCUACAUACUAAGACAUACCAAAAUAUUCCUACAAAAAAAAAAAAUUAUAGAUAUAGGAAGAAAGAAGAAUCAUGAAAAGGUUCCGGGGGGAUAUAGACAACCUAUAAAAGAAGAAAGAAGAAGAACAUUUUGAAAAUGCUAGAAAUGGUUUUUAAAUUAAAUUGGUAAAUAUUUUGAAAAUGCCUGCAGCAGUUUCCAAAUAGAGCUUGGUCUACAGUGGACACAAAAUGUCUGACAAGGAGUUCCGCUUGGACCCAGACAGCGAACUCAGGUUUGAGGUGGAAGGCAAGCAGGAUACAGUUGAUCUCACAUUGGUAAAUGGCAAAGCUGAAGUGUUUGGCACAGAACUAGCACCAGAUAAGCCGUACACCUUCUUCCCUGGAGCAAAGGUAGCAGUGUUCACCUGGCAUGGCUGUGCUCUCAAGCUGUCUGGCCCAACAGAGGGAACAUAUGUGGCAAAGGAAACACCAAUGGUUAUGUACCUUAAUACACAUGCAUGCUUGGAGCGGUUGCGCAGGCAUGCAGAUGAAGGUCUUAACCGAGGAGAGGAUACCAGAGGACCAGUAACCAUGGUUGUUGGUCCAGGAGAUGUAGGAAAGUCAACUCUCUGCAGAAUUCUCCUCAAUUAUGCUGUGCGGAUGGGACGUCGUCCCAUCUUUGUAGAUUUGGAUAUUGGACAAGGAUCCAUUGCAAUUCCAGGAACUAUAGGUGCACUGCUUGUUGAGAGAGCUGCUGAUGUUGGGGAAGGCUUUUCUCAAGAGGCUCCUCUUGUGUAUAACUUUGGCCACCUGAGUCCUGCAUCCAACAUGACUCUGUACAACAUUCUUGUCUCACGCAUGGCUGCCACCAUUCAAGAUAAGAUGGUUGGCAAUAGAAAAGUUGCUGCCUCAGGGGUGGUCAUCAACACAUGUGGUUGGAUUAAAAAUGAAGGAUACAAGAGUCUGACACAUGUUGCGCAGGCCUUUGAGGUUGAUGUGAUCAUUGUCCUUGACCAGGAGAGACUGUAUAAUGAACUUGUCAGAGAUAUUCCCUUCAUUAGGGUUGUUUUCUUGCCCAAGAGUGGAGGUGUGGUAGAGAGAACCCAGUCCAUGAGGGCAUCCGCUCGUGAUGACCGCAUCAGAGAAUACUACUAUGGGUUGCGCACCAAGUACCACCCACACAGUUUUGAGGUGAAGAUGAGCACGCUCCAGAUAUACAAGAUUGGUGCUCCAGCCCUCCCUGAUUCCUGCAUGCCAGCUGAUAUGAAGGUUGACGAUCACAUGACCAAACUUGUACCUGUAGAGCCUAGUGUAAAGUUAAAGCAUCACAUGUUGGCUGUAAGUCUUGCAACAGAACCAGAAGACCUCUUGACCUCAAAUGUCGCAGGAUUUAUUUGCGUACUCGAAGUUGACGAAGACCUCAAAGUCAUGAAGGUCUUGUCUCCACAACCAAAGCCACUCCCAAAAACAAUUUUGAUUUUGACGGAAAUUCAGUUCAUGGACUCAUCGUAAAAUGAAGAGUGUCUUUUGUAAUGUCCUUGUAAAUCAUGUGGUAUUGCACUUUCUUUUAUCUUUUUUUUUUUUUUUUUUUUU